AUGAGCCCCGACCACAGAAACGUCAUAAUAGCCGUAUCUUCUCUAUUUCUGGUCGUGUUUCCUACUGUUCUUUACUCAGUAAGUCCCAAUCAUAGGAAUACUGUACAUCGAGGAGUACGGUCGUUACUACAGCCACGGUAUCUUACUACACACUCAUAUCUACCACAACUGAUUCGAAAAGGAUCAGAAUGGAGGUUUGAAGAUACCAAUAGUACUAUUGGGAAUUGUGAGCAGAUACCAAAAUCAUUAGGGCAUUACACGUUGGGAGAAGGUUACAAUAAGAAGGUGUACGAGUACGGUAAUGUGGCAAUAAAGAAAAGUUUGAGAGACGGGCAAGGAAUGAGGGAGUGCCUGAGAACAUAUAAUGACUCGGUAGGUUUAAAGAUAUUAUAUAAAAUUAAUAUUUACCUUGCUCUAACUACACGAUUACAAAUAAUUUUAAAAUUCAGAAUUCUUGUUGGAACAAUCAAAUCCGUGGUUUUCAAAACGAAAUCGGACUGUUGUUAAAGCUACAUGGCAAUGUCAACAUUCCUACUGUAAGAUAAAUUUACUAUUUAUAAAAGUUAUCACCAAUAACCGCUGUUCUACUAUGGUUAAGAAUUCAAUUAUAACUUAAAACACAAAAUAUUAACCUUAAAAUACGUUAUUUUUCAGAUGUACGGCUAUUGUUUGCCAGUAGACACGACACAAGACAUGUAUAUAGUGACAGAGAAGGCGCAACCUUUAAAACUAAUCGUAUAUGCAGAUUUAGUUUGGGAAAGGCGACUUAACAUAGCUUUGCAUGUUGUCAGCUUCUUAAUUAGCAUACAGCCACUACAGCCUUUAGACCUCAGGAUCGACCAGGUAAGUAAUGUCGUAUUUUUAUCCUAGCCCUAUAACUACUUCAAGGUAAAACUAAAUAUAACUUACAGUUUCUGCUUCGAAGCGACGAUACACCGCUUCUGACGGAUCUGGAUUCAUUGGUUGUCGACGAUAAAUGUAAGUUGAACACAAUAUCAUUUCUAAAACAUCAAAAAAUAGGUAAUAUCUUAUGUUUUUCAAUAAUUUUUCCGAAAAUCCCAACUACAAAAAAGUUUACAAGAUUUUGUCGGCGACCCGCGCCCGCUUAUUCUUUUCCAAACUUAUUUUUCAGACGACGAACUUUCGUUGGCCAAGAAGUUUUAUGGUCAAUUUGUGAAUGGAGCCUUGAAGUCUCAUGAUAAAUCAAGAAACCUGCUUUUGUCGGAUCUUCACCAUCAGUUUCUUGAGGAUUCUGUCACUUUGCGAGGGAUUCAGAGGAUUCUGCUGCGACUUCUGUGA